GGAGCGCUCGCUUCUCACGCGUACAGCCUCCGCUCUAUAAUAUCGUAACAAAACAACUUACAAUUCAUUUAUUAGGGCCCAGUGAGGCCUGCGCUGGCUCACUGCAACCACAGUCGCCGCCCGCGCCACCGCGCCGCCAUUCUGCCGCCGCACGCCGACUGGAGCGUACGUGUCGCGGUCGGGUCGCUCAUAUCUUGUUUACUCUCGGACAGUGACUUGAUAGUGUCGUAACCUCAAAACACUUGCAACGCGCAUUCAUCUCGUAAUCUACGUCUAUCACAAACAAACGCCCAGUUUCAAAGUGAACGCAGCUUCCGAACGAGUGCUUUUAGUGCAGAGAAGGCUACAUUCCAAACCGGUGUCGUUCUUUAAUGGACGAAGUGUGUACUACUAUGUGUGUGCUUUAAUAUUUAGCUGGGAAGUGACCGGUUUAAAUGUCGUUGCGUGCAUGGCGCGGGUAGACGCGAAAGCUCCGCGAACAAUCGCGAGCAGAAUGUAAUAGUCGAUCUAACGUAAGAUUUUUUCCGAAAUAAAAAUGGCUCGUGGAUCUCUGAGUGAAAACGAGCGCCACUGUUUGGACUCGAGCGCAAAGACGCAACCGCAGGGGCCGCAGGAGGCGGACAGGGCGCAUGAUAAGCUCGGCGGCCUGCGGGUGCGCUUCCUCGAUGAGGAGGGCAAGACCGAGCGCACCGUGAGCGCCGACGAGGUCGACUGCGCCGUCGCCCGCGUCAAGAAAAUACACAUUCUAAAAAACAGAAGCUCGAGCGAAACGAGCAUUCUGCUGAGGAACCCGUCGCUGGCCAAGCGCCGCACCGCUGCCGAGCGCCGCUUCAGCGACGGCCACACCGACAGCCUCAACAACAAUUCGCUAAGUGAAAACCUCAAUGGUAAGAUCAAACAAACCGAAUCAGAGAAGAGUGAGCGUGCGGACGAUACCAAAGAAUCGAACCAGAGCUUUAAGAAGAACUGCAACGUAUACAGUGUCAACCAGGCGAAGACUUUGACGCCGGAGCGCAAGAAGUCGAUACCACUGGGCAUCCCAAAGCUGAUCGGGCACCGGGAGGGCGCGCGAUCGGAUCACGGCAGGUCGAGCCUGCCAGGGGAGGCGUGCCUCGCGGAGGGUGCGAGUGCGGUCGGCAAGGACUUCACGGUGCGGGCGUUUGGAAGGCUGUCACGCGGCCUGGGCAGGCUGCUGCGCCGCUCCAACAGCGUUAAGAUCAGCGAGCCCGACCCAGUCUACAAGGUGGCCUACCUCGGCAACGUGCUCACCGGCUGGGCCAGAGGAGAAAGCUGCAUAGAGAAGCCCCUGGCGACUUUGUGGAGAAAUUACCAGCAGUCCACGAAGCCCGACGUUGUGAUGAAGUUGUCCGUCACCAACUCCGGCUUAAAGGGCUUCACCAAAGAGCAUGGCCUAACCGAGUACUGGUCACAUCGCAUCACCUACUGCGCCAGCCCGCCACACUAUCCUAAGCUAUUCUGCUGGGUGUACCGGCACGAAGGGAAGAAAUUAAAACACGAGCUUCGCUGUCACGCCGUACUCUGCACCAAAGAAUCCGUAUCAAAGAAGAUAACCGAGGAACUACAGUUUAAGUUAAAGCAGGCGCUAGUCGAAUUCAAAAAGGACAGAAUUUCUAAGCAAAACGCAAGGCUAAGUCUUGCCAACAGUGUAUAUGAGAACCCGAGCAUGCCGCGCAGAAAGAUACUGCUGAGUGUCGGCGCCACGAACUAUCGACCGCCGCUGGAGAGGUCCAAGUCCGCCCCGAAGCUCGGAGCCAUUGAGGAGCUGUGGUCCGAGGAGGACGAGGAGGAAGCCGAAAUGAACGCGAAGCAAAACUCUUGUAACUUGGCUUCCGAAAAUUUCGGCAUCACCCAGUCAUUGGACAGGCGACGACAGGAAUCGAAAUCGCCGCGCAAGUUGUCUUGUCCCGAUGGUUUUAUUAAUAGAAUGCAACAAGAAUCGGCCAGUAAUUUACAUGCAACUGAUGAGCUAAUCGAUCUUCUAGUAAAGGAUAGUCAAUUGAAGGCGGCCAACAAUAACCGCGACGAAGCUAGUCAAAACGAAACUGAAAAAUCGGAAACUACAAUUGAACUUUUGGGGGCGAUAUCCGAAACCCACGAAAAUAUGGACAACGCAAUUAGCGUCGACGACGUUCGAAAGAAAUUGCUAACACAAAGUAACUUCCUCGUCACGGACAGCGACGACGGAUCUGUUUCUUCCGGCUGCGAGACCGCGAGCACGGUUACCUCCUCGGACGCCGAGCCUACGUCGCUCCCUUCGCACUUCCCCCACGAAGAAAUAAAGGAAAUCGACAGCGACGAAGACAGGUCUUCUGUAUUUGAGAGAGUUCAAGUUUUUAAACGUGCUUCGUUUAUAGAUACUAAAAUAGACUACACCAACUCUAUUCAAGUAAUCAAUGGUGAAGAAGAGAGUUUGGAGUCGAUUCCUAGCGAAGAAGUGAACCAUGUACCCAUAGGAGAGCGCAAUGGUUUCAGGCGACGCUCGACGUACCCGCCGCUACGAACCGACUCCACCGCCAUAACUGACCUUGAAGGUAAAUUUGAAUCGUUACUAGACAACCUGACAGACAUGGACAGUCUCAACUCUAUCACUGAAACAGAAGUUUAUAAUAACAUGAACAAGAAUGCAAGCGACAACGACAGCGCUUGCAGCGACGAAUCUGGAUAUUCUGAAUUUUUAGACAACGGAAAAGACAGUAUUAUCGGUAACACUAUAAUGGUGUAGAAGUUUAAAUCAAAGGCUUACAGCUUUUAAGUGAAAUGUAGGAACACCGUAGUUACUGUCUCGUGUUAGUCGUAAGAUAUGUUAUAUAUAAAAUUGAGAUUUGUGUAAAUAACAGGGUACGCGAUGUACUUCAUCCAGUUGAUGUAUUUUUAAUUUUUAGAUAUUUGUAUAUA